GGAAACGUUCUGGAGCCUGGUUCUACAAAGCCUUGCCGAAGCAUAUUUGUCCCAUUAAGGAUUCAAUUCUAGAUAACAGGAAGCCAGUAAUAGAAAGAGGAGAGCAGCUGCCAGUGGCCAGGAGUGCACCAAUCAGCUACACAUGGGCUCAAAGCAAAGUUAACUUAAGUGAAAGCGAUGGCAGUGAUGCCGAGCUCAGUGAAUGCAGCAGUGACAGGAAGACCUUCAUGUCUGAGACCGAUCAAAGAGAUUCUGAAUCAAGUGGAGGCCAAGUGCAAACCCCCCUGCAGUCCAGCAUCACCAGUCCAACUCGAACCAGCUUUCACAUGGAAAGCCCUUCCAGCUUGGCCAGCGAGCGAAGCAGCAGCAGUUUCAAUCCGGGUCUGGAGGAAGAGGUCAUGGACCAUAGUCGACCUUUACUAACUCCCCCGGCCCUCAGCCGCGCCGGCUCCCUGCGGAGCACCUCUACCAGCCAGAAGUCGGAGGGCCCGGCCGCGGACCCCAAUCGGGAUGAGGACGACCUGGACCAAGCCUUCGGUGCCACCGCACUCGUGGCCAGCAAGAAAGAGGAAGAGCCAGACGUGGAAGGCUACGAUUCGGACGACUCCACUACGCUCGGCACUCUGGACUUCAGCCUUCUGUAUGAUCAGGAGAACAAUGCCCUGCACUGCACUAUCAACAAAGCCAAGGGACUCAAACCAAUGGAUCACAAUGGGCUGUCAGAUCCCUAUGUUAAGCUGCACCUGCUGCCUGGAGCUAGUAAGGCCAAUAAGCUCCGCACAAAGACCCUACGCAACACUCUCAACCCUGUCUGGAGUGAGACCCUAACGUAUUAUGGGAUAACUGAUGAAGAUAUGGUUCGCAAAACACUCAGGAUUUCAGUGUGUGACGAGGACAAAUUCCGCCACAACGAAUUCAUUGGUGAAACCCGAAUCCCCUUGAAGAAACUCAAACCCAACCAGACUAAGAACUUCAGCAACUGUUUGGAGAAACAACUUCCUAUCGACAAGACAGGACCGAGUUUGGGCACCCCUGUCCUAGAGCAAAUGGUGGAAAUGUCCUGCAAUGAACCUCGUUUAUCCUUUCAUGGCUGUUUCUUUCAGCCCUCCACAUUUUAUAUACAGGAGCUGCAAUGCCCUCUGGUGGACAUACUGACUUGUUGCAUACGACAACACUAUUCUGCAUUUGUUUCAAAUGUGCUCCCAGUUUUACUGCCUUUGCUAAGGUAUCUCAAGCCAGAUGAGAACAAAAAAUCAAAGCACAAGACAGCUGUCAAAAAGAAGACCCUCAACCCCGAAUUCAAUGAAGAGUUUUUCUAUGAGAUCAAGUAUGCUGACCUCAGCAAAAAGACCCUGGAGGUGACCGUUUGGGACUAUGACAUUGGCAAAUCCAAUGAUUUCAUUGGUGGAGUCUCUUUAGGUAUAAAUGCCAAUGGCGAGAGGCUAAAACACUGGUUUGACUGUCUGAAAAACAAGGACAAGAAAAUCGAGCGCUGGCACACAUUAACCAAUGAACUCCCUGGUUCAGGGUACAAUGACUGAGAGGCUCUCUUUCCAGUGGAUCCCCCGAUGCCUGCCCCUUUCCUACAUGAUGUCCAUGUAAAGCCCAGCAGCCUGUGAUGGAUGGAUCAACAGUCCACUGAUUUAGAGAUGGGUGCCAGUAUCUGUUCCCACACAACACACCUGCUCUAUCUCUUGUACUUUUUCUGGUGUUGAGCUUGCAGUCUGAUUGUGUGGCUUGAUGUGGCUUUUGGGCUUAUAUAAGGGUCUUUAAUCAGCCUGUGCUUGUACAGCCUCAUUGAAAAUGGAGAGAUGUUGUUCCGACAGCCAACAAGAGAUCAGUUCCUGUUUUCAAAUAUUUAACCACACUCUACUGCUCUCUUUCUCCGUUCUCUUGAGGUUUUCUGUGUAUUCAGGAAUCCUGUUUACAGAAAUUAGCUGUCAGUAAAUGUAUCAUUAUGCGUGUGCAUCAUGGCAGCAAAGGGGCUCUGAAAAUACGCUUUCCAAAACAAUAUUGUUUACAGUCCAAAACCUUUCUGAUGCCUAUCUUAAGGCCAGGGUAUAAACUACACAAUUGUAUUUUACAGACAGAUGAUUGUGAAGAUUAUAUCGGUUGGUGGAAGUUAAAGAAUUUUAGUUCUUACAAUAUAAACUCCCAACAAAUUUAAAGAGUUUUUACUUGCCCCUUCUCCUAGUUUGUCUACUUAAUGAAUGUAAUUUACCUUUUAGUUUCAGUACUCUCACUGCAAAUGAACAGUGUGCCAUUGACAUUAAGACAGCACACAGCAGAGUUUCAAUAGCCAUUUUUCUAGAGAGAAAACAGUUUACGCGAGAACACACACAAAUGCUGAAAAUGCUCUAUUAUAGAAAUGAAUACUAUGGAUUGAUUUUUGAAUUAAACACUGUGCCCAAGCCCAAUUCAUAUAUUGCAUUAACAUCUUUUACUCUAAAAUUUUUCAGUCUGUAAAUCAAAAAAAAUGGACUGGACAAACUAUUGUUUUGAGAUUUAUUAAUAGCGUGUUUAUCUUAUUCUUCCUUUGAGCAUUUUAAAGAUGACUAAAUAUAUU